UUGACAUCUCAAACAACAUAAUCAAAAACAAAUUGCAAAUGGUUGUUGUAAAUGUUUUACUUUUCGUAGAAUCGAUACCACUUUAUAAUAAAUUUGCCUCGUUCCAUAUGAUAUUUCUGUGACCGUAUUUACCCAGACAUUUCUGCAUAUCCAUCUCUAAUGGCACAAAAACCAUGCAAUAAUUUGCUCCCUCAAUCAAAGGGUGCAAAUACGUCGUUUUUGUCUGUGGCGACAUCUCAAACAUUACAAAGUACCGGUUCCGCUACGGGCAAUCCUCGUAACAAAUGUGCGUUGAAACCGGGUCAUUCGUUAAUGGACUGGAUAAGGCUGGGAAAUUCAGGAGUCGAUUUAUCUGGUACUGGAGGACGAACAGUGUCGGUAACAAAAGAAGAAUUGGUUAAGCAUAACACAAAAAAUGAUGCCUGGAUGGCAAUACGGGGUGUUGUAUAUAAUGUAUCACGAUAUAUGGAGUUUCAUCCCGGAGGCGUGGAGGAACUUAUGCGUGGCGUAGGAUCAGAUGCUACCAAGCUCUUCGAUGAGACACAUGCUUGGGUAAACUAUACGCAACUGUUGAAUAAAUGUCGUAUAGGCCCUCUUACAAACACUGUUAAAUUAGACGCCGUAAUCAAAGAAUCAUUUAGUUUGCCGAAUAACAAAACCUUUGAUUCAUUUGCAAAACCACAAAUUCCAGCACAAGAGGCUGAUAUUUUACCACGUUUGGACUGGAUACAAAAACUUGAUGAAAUAACUUUAUACUUUUAUACGAAACAGUUUUGCAAUCCAGGAUAUUUAAUACGAAAUCUAAAUCAUGAAGAUAAUCAUAUCGAAAUUUGGAUAUUUAUUGGCGUUUAUGUGCAUACAUUUGAUUUUAAAUUGCAAGGACAAAUUAAAUGGCCACCAAAAGGAGUACAAAUGUCUACUGAAAGCGGUAAAAUUGAGGUGAAGUUUAAUAAACAUGACAAUCAAAUAAAAUUGUGGAGUGAUUUAGGCAAAUACAAAAGGUCAAAAAUAUUGGCUACCGACUUAGAGCCGGAUACGUCAUCAUUAGAUUUUAAAAUAUCCUACAUAAAUAAAUUCAAUAAGGAUUCCUUCGUUAUUUUGUUGGAAAAUGAAAGCGUGCUGUAUACCCUUCCAAUAGGUUAUCAUAUAACGAUUGAAGGACUUGUAAAUGAAAUAAAAAUUACUAAAUGUUAUACACCUGUUCCUAAAAAAUAUAUCGGUAAAUGCAUAAACAUUGAAAUGGACACGGAAUACGUAAAUUUUUUAAUAAAACAAUAUCCACACAGUAAAAGUUUUUCUCAAUACUUGUGCCACUUGGAAAAGGAUAACACAUUAAAAAUGUCCUUACCAAAGGGAAAUUUUAAAUUAUCGACUUUAGCGUCUCAUAGAAGAUUUUGUUUUCUUGCAGCAGGGAGCGGCUUGACACCAAUCUUAGGUCUGCUAGAUCAUCUACUAAAGAGAAGCACAAAUCGAAUAGAAGUUUUAAAAUUGCUUUAUUUUAAUAAAACUUCAAAAGAUAUUUGGUGCAAUGAAAUGCUAAAUAACAUAUCUAUAGAGGAUGAAAGAUUUGAGUUUGUCAAUAUACUGUCAAACUGCGAAGAGUCUUGGUCUGGAAUAAAAGGACGUGUAAGCUCAGAUUUGUUAUUUCCUAUUGUAAACAAAUCUAUGGGUAAAAUCUCUUAUAUUGCCGUGUGUGGUCCAAAUAAUUUCAACUUAAAUGUGGAAAAAAUACUAAACGAAUUAAAUUUUCCUAACGAAAACGUAUUUAUUUUUUAAAUAUUUUAUACUUUACUUAUUAGGUACUUUUAGUAAAUGCAUAUUAAUAAUGGCCCUAAAUAAGUAACAAUGUCGCAACAAAACUAAUAUCGAGUAUUUAAUAUAGUAUGUAUUUGAAAAUUGUACAAUUACAGAAAUAUAAAUGUAUGUUUGUCUUUCCGUUUGUAA